AUGAACAUACGGGCCGGGGUACGGUUUGCGGAUGAUCUGGUACUGAUUAUUACGGCAGAAACCCAAAAUACGCUGGGGUUCGAGAAGACUAAGGCACUUAUAUUAUGCGGUUCUAAAAACAGGGACAGUCUUAGGAUUAAGAUCAAGAAUACCGACAUUAGGCCAAGUAAGGACCUCAAAUACUUGGGCGUAAUUUUGGACAACAAAGGGACGUUUGGAGCCCACAUUAGCAACGCAACAGAUAAGGCAGAGAAGUCUAGUUCCGCCUUGAAUAAAUUAAUGCCAAAUGUUGGAAGACCAACGGGUAGAGCUAAAAAGAUUCUGCUGAAUGGGGUGGCAAAUUACGGAACACCCGUAUGGUAUAAAGCAUGUGAGAUAGCCAAGCAUAGGGAGAGGCUUCCAAGAACCCAGAGGAAGUCAGUGUUGAGGAUCACGUGCGCCUAG